AAAGCUGCGAAGAUGACAUCGCCUGCUCCAGCUUCACUUCGUCGUCUUCAUGGUGCACCAUUGUGAUAGAACACGUUACUACGCCCCUCAGAUUGAAGCAGGCCUCUGCAGGAUGAAGUUGGCUCCCCGUCUGAGAACCAGCAAUAUCUCCGCCUCCUCAGCACAACUAAGUCAAACAUCCCAUGUUCACCCAACUCGUAUCCCGUCACAGGCCGCUUCAUAUGUGGUUGCCAUCAAGAUGUGAAAGACCAUAAGGGAUAAGAGGGGAGCUCGCAGCCGACACUAUAGAGUCAUCCCUAGAGACCCAUAA